GCAUGUUGUAAUCUAGUUGCAUAUGAAGUACAGCAGAGCCUUUCGUUUAUGUCUUUGCUCAUGACAUUCCUUUUUCAAAAAUGGUAUUCAACCAUGUCAAAUGAUUCAGUUGUGGUCGUGUAGUGAUUCUACAUGCCACGUCACUAUAUAAGUUUAUUGGCACAACUAUCAUAAUAGACUCCAUGUUUGUUGCAAGAUUUACUUACAAGUUAAUUGUACAUUUGAACUGAUAUUUCGUUUCUACAAAUUGUAAACUAUCGGAGAUUUAACCGACUCGGCUUGACCUGUGACUUACAAAGCUCCCAUCCUUAUCUUCCUUUAAAUUCUUUUCACUAUGGCGUCUGAAUUCAGCUCAGUAGUAGAGGGCACUGUUUGUGAAGAAGCCGACUGUGAAUCGAUUUCUGAUGUCACGUUCUAUGUGAAGGAGAAGAAGAAGCUCUGUCAUGACUGCGCCUUGAAAAAAGAAUGCAUCGGAAUAGCACGAAGAGGUGUAUCUAAUCUCUUCUGUGAGAAACAUGAGAAAGUAAUGGAUCUGUACUGUAAGACACAUGGCAAAGUUUUAUGUCUUUCUUGCGCUAUGAUAGAUCAUCAUGAAAAACUUUGUGUACGGCAAGACAUAGAGGACGCACUACGGGAAAACAAAGCAAAGCUCAACAUCCUUCAGAAAGCAAUGAUGGACAAAUUGGAGCUAUUACGAGUUUAUGGGAUUGAGAUUCAUCAGGGUAAACAUGUCCCAGACGAACAUUUGAAAACUAUUCAGAAUGAGGUUGAUUCCGAAAUCGAAGAGGAGAUCGAAAGAGACAGAGCCAAGGAAAAGGAAGAUGCUGAUAAAAUCGACGAGGAGAUUGAUGGGGAAAAUGAGCAGCAUCAAGAGGAGAUUCGAAAGCUCCAGAAUAAGAUUAACCAGAACAAUGCGAAGAGAGAGCAGCGACACAAUGACAAUCGUUUAAACGCAGAAAAGAGACGAAAACCGAUAAUUGAUAAACAGCGCAUUCUUCAGAAUGACAUUCAGAAGAUCGUUCAAGAGAUCGAUAGAAAGAUUGGAGAGCUUGAGAAAUCAUUGAAUGACGACACCAAAUCAGCUGAGAAAGCAAAAGAGACACUGGACAGAAUUCUUGAAGACGAUAAAACUAUUGUCAUAGAUGGACAUCGUGUGCAUGCAUCAGUGAGUGAGGAACUAAAGAAGCAACUGAAUGAGGGUGAGGUGAAAGAAAUAAAUCGUGCUGUAUCAUGUGUGAGGUUUGUGAGGGGUGUUGGGAGAGAGAAGUAUGAUGGAAGAAUUGAUGGGUAUGAUGGAGAGUGGAAGCUCAUUGAUAAAAUCAAUGUCAGAGAUAAAAUCAUGUCCCCUUGGAUUGUUGGAUGUAUAGAUGAAGAUAAGGUGAUAAUCACAGAAGCACUGAUUGGUGAAACACAUACCUACAUGUUAGAUUUGAACAGUAAAACCACACAGAGAGUGAUCAACGGUAGUGAUACAUCAUAUAUAAUCUCAUGUGCAGCGUUGAAUGAUGACAAGGUGGUAUGUGGUAGAUACAUCGAAGGUUGUACAGGAGACAGCCUACCUGGGUGCAUCAGUGUAUACGACAGGCAGUGGAAUCACAUCAAUGACGUCACAAUACCAAGCACGACGCGUAAUGAUACAUGGGUGCGCGUUGCAAUCGAUCAGGAUGGGAUGAUCAUAGCUGCUGAAGGGAGUCAGUCUAUGAUUUACGUCAUCAACCCAGCUAAUGAUGAGAUUGUCAGUACCAUCACGUGUAAAGAGAAGAUAGUAAUGCGUGAUGUGCUGUCAUCAGGUCACAUCAUCGCUCUACCCUCACUAUUAGAUCACAGAGCGCUCAUCCUUGAAAGAGAGGGUGAUCAUAGGGAAAUCCCCCACAGUGAUGUCAUCUUGAAUGUGUGUGUUGAUCGUAUGACAGAUGACCUCUACGUCGUGACAUCAGAUGAUGAGUACAAGACGUGUGUGAUUGAUCAGGUGAUGAGUGAGGGUGAUUUGAAGAAGAGAAGAGUAGCAUCAUUCCCUUUAUCAACCAGACUGGGGGAUAGAUUCAGUCAUCUUGUCCCAUCUCGAGUGAUGAUGACGUCAUCGGGGAAUAUGAUUGCAUGUGAUGGAGAUAAUAUUCUCAUAUUCAAAAAGCGAUUCAUCCUCUAGAUCCAGGACAGAUGAAUCAUCAUACUGAACAAGCAAAUGAUAUUGGGAAUAUUGUUACAUCCCACCAUUUCAUAUUUUCAAUUCAUAAAUUUGAAAAAAGUACUAGAAAAACGGACGAUUUUUAUUAUUCCCCUUGGUUGUGGUUAUGCUCCAUAACUUCAGAAACCUAUCAUCCUUCCCUUAUCAUUAUAUGAAGAUACUUUACACUAGAUUACUUUCUUUCAGUUGUUUGAGUGAACAUUGUUAUAUAUAUAUUGAGAGCAACUCUUUUAUACCCUAUUUCACCCUUUCUUGUUUCAAUGCGACCCUGCAUAAUAUUACAGUACAUAUAAAGCCAUAUUAAAACUUUAUCCUUAUAUCAUGUAGAUUGUAUUAGACGUGUGUAUAAUCAUUGCCAUUUUUGAAUCAGUUCUUUUUACUUCACAGAAAUAUUCAGCGUUUUGUUCUUAUUCAUCACUGAAAAUAUAUUUACACCAAGUGUUUUUACUCUGAUGCCGGCGUGUAAAUAGGUGAUCUAUUCUGGAACGAUUGUCUUUACUCUGGAACAUAUUUUAGCACUUCAAACUAACUUUAAUAUCAAAAUAAUUUCUCAUCGAUAUCACUAAAAUUCAGUUUUUAGAAUUUAUAAUUCACAUUAUAUACACUGUACACAUAUAAGCCUAAAGACUGAACCAGUUUAGAUUCAAACGGCCAUGGGCACUCAAAUUAUUUGAAAUCACAUGUGCACUGUAUACAGACUGAAUAUGUGGUUACGAGCGCAUGCAUAACAUUAUAAUCAAAUCAUGUUGCUUUUAUAUCAUGUGGCGAUUUUAUACGUCACAAAAUAAUAUGUCUCUAAUCACUGUCCUUGAAAUCAUACUUCUUGCAAAUGAUAUAUAUUUGUAUGUAUAGUGUAUAGACUGAAAUUGUGUACUUUUAAUGGAAAGAACCCGCAUAUACUGUCUUAAAUCAUAAUCGUUUUAUCGGUGCAAAUGGUCACUUUCGAUAUAUCUAAAUGCGCACUAUCUUGUAUAGGCCUACGUAAUGGUAUAAAAAGCUAAGUUAAUGGGCGCGUCGUGGUCUAGUGGUUCUGACUCUUGCCUUUUAAACAGGGGGUUGUUGGUUCGAAUCCUAUUCAUGGCGUGUAUUCCUUUAGCAAUAAUUAUGCCCACACUGUGCUGCACUCGAUCCAGGUAAAUGGGUACCUGGCAGUAUUAAUUCCUUGAAUACACUGAGCACCAGAGAUGGUAUAGCUUGAGCUAAGACCACGAAGGCCGGGGUAAAUGGCUUUGUAUCAUCAGGCAAAAAGUGCCACAUGUAUAUAAAUCCAGCUGAUAUCAUUAUUAAACCUUAUCAUUGUAUCAUGUAUACUCUACCACAUGUAUUAUAGCUAUGAUGACAAAAUCAAUCAGUUUUCGUUACUUGAGAUGAAUUUCCAUUAAUUGUUAUUCCUAUAGUUCCAUGUACAUGAAGUGUUUUGCUCUUCUGGAAGAAGAAGAAAAACUAUUCUAAAAAUUGACGGUUUUUUUUACUCUGAAUUGCAGUUUACUCUUUUCCGGACUCUUAUAUGAACAACAACAACAAAACUCUUAUUACCAUCAAUAAAACGCAUUCUUUUGUGGAACUUCGAGUUUGGAUAUUAUGUAAAUGUGUAUAUACAAUAUAGACUAAACCUGUGCCCACUUGACGGCCUUACGAGAACACACAAAUUAACUCAUGUCAUACCUGUACAUUGCUUUCAUUCGUUCUGAUUUGAUUGAGAAUAACGGUCACGUUUUCUGAAUCUAAAUGCGCAUUGCCUUCAGGAUAUAUAGUUCUUGUUUCUUUAUACGUUUUAGUUUCAAAUAUCAUAUGGAACUAUUUUGACAAACAAAGUAUAAUGAUGCAUAGCAACAUAGGAAACAGCCCCUUGAGUGAUGUCUAGCAUGACAUGUUAUAAUCCUUGACUGGAGCUGUUCACUGAAAUAUAGCAGAUAAUUCACCGGAUUUUACCGAGAGAGGGAGCUAUUAAGAUACAUUUUGGCAAAUUGCUCAUUGACCGUGAAUUCAUUGUUAUAAUGUAAUUGAUUUUUUUAUAGGUACAAUGCUUUGCUUUAAGUUACUCUAUCCAUAGGUGUUUCUGUCAGUGUAACUAAAGACUACCAAUUGAUUGCUUGUAUGUUUUCUUUUGUGAAAUACAUAUGAAUUCAUUUGCUUUCAUUUGAAAUUGUUCAAUUCCAAGGCUGAUAUAAUCUGCGGUAAAUAUGUUUCUUAAUACAUCUCAAGUUGUAUAACUGUUUUGCUUGCUUAGUUCAUAAACAUUUAAUUUUAAUUGUAUGAACGAUUGAAAAUAAAGAUUUAGUUGCAGGAAUUUGAUGAGCAUUACUAAAAAGGGGUCUUAAAUACUUUGUUUGUAAUCAUGGGUUAUGUUUGAUUCAUUUCUUAUGCCAAAUGAAAUCCUUUGUAUUAAUACUUUGUUUAUUCAAAGCUGAUUUUCUUUUUGAGAACCUCAAUGAACUUGGUUUGGAAACAAAAUGUUCAAUAUAUAGUCGAGGUGUGAGCGAGAGUUUGAAAAUCUGUUUGUUUCGUCACACGCAUAAUCCGACCAUCUUGUUGCUGUUUAUGGUAUUCUAUUUACUUAUUAACCGAGAGUUAAGAGAUCAUUUGCAUAUUAUCUGCUUUAACAAUAAGAAGAAAAAUCAUAUUGGCGUUUAUCGUACUUAUGCAAAGGUUUCUGUUUAAAUAAAAUUUCAUCACGCAUCAUAGAAUUCUGAUAGACUUUUUUUUUCAGGAGUAAACAUGUGACCAAUAAAACUCGACAGAAAGAGAGGAAGGCAAAGAGAGAGGGGGGACUACAGGGAAACAGAGACACACUAUACGAGGCAAUCAGAGAGAGAGAGGGGUGGGGGGGGGGGCUAUUAGCUAACAGAGACACACAAAACGAAACAAAGGCGAGAUGGAAAGGGGAAAGAUAGAGAAAUAUGAAGAAUUGAUGAAAACAAUGGAGUGAAAGAGACAUAAAGGAAGG